AUGGGCACCAUGCUUGCCCAACCACCAAUCCCAGCUUUCCACGCAAUUCCACCAAUGCUUAGAAAUAGACCCACAAACAUGGCGGUAGCUCCUCAUAGUUUUCUCUCAGCCACACAUCAAUGGACUCAAAGCACGAGAUUUGGGCAGUACCCAUUUGGGUUUAGGACCACUUACACAGUUAGAGUUGCAGAGCAAAGUUCGAGCCUUAUUGGGGACGAGACACCCACUGAGAUUAAGACUGAGCUUUACCAAGCACUCGAAGGAAUCAAUAGAGGGAUUUUUGGGGUCCCAUCUGCGAAGAAAGCUGAGAUUGAGGCUCUGGUGAAGCAGCUGGAGUCUCAGAAUCCUACUCCAGAUCCUAUUCUAAAUUUGGAAAAGAUGGGUGGAUGCUGGAAACUUGUUUACAGCACAAUUACAAUUUUAGGCUCCAAAAGAACAAAGCUAGGAUUGAGGGACUUCAUCUCCUUGGGUGAUUUCCUGCAGAAUAUUAAUGUUGCUGAGGGCCAAGCAGUUAAUGUGAUCAAGUUCGAUGUGAGAGGAUUGAAUCUGUUUAAUGGGCGGCUGACGAUUGUGGCCUCCUUCAAGCAAGCAUCCAAAUCAAGAGUUGACAUCAAAUAUGACAACUCCACAAUCACUCCGGUUCAGUUGAUGAACGUGUUUCGGAAAAAUUACCAUCUUCUGCUCGGAAUCUUCAAUCCAGAGGGUUGGCUUGAGAUUACUUACUGCAGAUAUCUUGAUGAAACCAUGAGGAUCGGAAGGGAUGAUAAAGGCAACAUCUUCAUAUUAGAGAGAUCAAACGAAAAUUCUCUUCAAGCGUCAAGCUAG